AAUGGAGGACAGGAGGUGGCGGACAGGUGCGGUGUCUCUGCUGAACAGGAGUCUGCAGAGAUGGAGCUGACUGUGGAUAAAGUCGUGAUGCUAACAGGAGGGAUUGUGGCGUUUCCUGUGUUCGCCUUCGUUACUUCCUUGCUGUUUUGGCCCGGAGCGCUCCUGAAGGCCUACAACUGGUACUGGCGCUGGAGGCUGGGACUGGUGGUCCGCUACUCCCACAGCAGAAGUUAUCGCUUCUGUUAUUCCAGCCGGGGGGCCCCGGGGGGCACCACGCCAUCACUGCUGCUGCUGCACGGUUUCUCUGCCACCAAGGACAUGUGGCUGCCCGUCGUCAACUACCUCCCCAGAGACGUGCACGUGGUUUGUUUGGACAUGCCGGGACAUGAGGGGACAAGUCGAACCGGUGCAGAAGAUUAUAGCAUCCAGGGUCAAGUCAGCAGAAUCCACCAGUUUGUGGAGAGUAUCGGUCUGGACAAAAGACCGUUUCACCUGGUCGGCACCUCGAUGGGUGGAAACGUGGCGGGUGUGUAUGCGGCCCGUUACCCCUCAGACCUGUCCAGCAUCACCUUGGUUUGUCCCGGAGGUCUCAUUUAUCCAACGGACUCGGAGUUCAUCAGCCGUCUGAGGGAGCUGGAGAAGAACAUCGAGCAGGAGUCCAUCCCUCUCAUCCCCAGGUCUCUUCAGGAUUUGGACGACAUGCUGAACCUCUGCUGCCACAAACCCCUCAACCUCCCCCGGCAGGUCCGACGGGGUCUCCUCGACAACAGGAUCCCAAACAAUGACUUUUACAAAGAAGUGUUUCUGGAGAUAGUGGGGGAGAAGUCCCGUCAUUCGCUGCAGGAUCACCUGCACCUGAUCGCGGCGCCGCUGCAGGUCAUCUGGGGCAAACAGGACCAGGUGUUGGACGUUUCCGGCGCCACGGUGAUCCAGACGGCGUUGCCCUGCUGCCAGGUGGAGGUGUUGGACAACUGCGGUCACUCUGUGGCUUUAGAGAGGCCAAGGAAACUGGCUACACUCAUCUCCGACUUCCUGUCUGCGCGGGAAGGCAGGGAUGCCAAAAAACGAUCCUGAAGAAAACGUUUUUAAUUUCAGACGAAGAGUUCUGUUGAUUUAUAAAGAUGAAGAGAAAAAUAACGUUGUGUUAGGGAUGAUGCUGAGUUGUGGUUUGGUAAAGGUUCGCUGUGGAAGUUUAAAAAAGGCACAAAAAUAUGUACUAUGCUGUGGGAAGUAGGGGUGUGGAGGGUGCUGCAGCGCAGCCUGAUGAAUGCCAGAGAGCAUGCACGUCCACAUAUAAACUUAAAGAGUCA